GCUAUGAAUGGGGGAUACUAUAAAGAGGACAAUAUCCCCUGCCAGAUUGAAGAGGGUCUCUUCUUGGGUUCUUUUGGAGCUGCAAAUGACGAGGAAGAACUGAACAGGUUGAACAUUACUCACAUUUUGACAGUGGGGGCAAUGACGGCUUUGCUUCGAAAUCUUGAUCAUUGCAUCUCAAGCUAUUCAUUUGUUAUACGAAAAUCUGAGAUAGAGGAUGCAGAGGAAUGCUUCAAACUUUUUUCUUUGGAAGAGGCGGCUAAAUUUGACGAAGUGACCCUUGCCAAUGUGAACAACUUCAAAAAGCGCUCAAAAAACCAGUCACCUAAUGCAAUCCACAAAGAAUAUAUAGUGAAGUUGCCCACCAUCAGUGGCACUCAUGACUUGAAGAAAGCAUUACAUAAACUUGGAGCCAUUUCCUUGAACAAAAUAAUGAUGAUUUCUUCCAAGGAAGCAAGCUGCUUGUCAUAG